AUUGUGGACUUUCUUGGUCAGAUAAGCACAACCCAUUUCCCCCACCCACUCCAAUACAACACUGAAGAAACUUCUCCCCCUCCAUCUUCUUUCUUUUCUCUAUUCGUCCUCUUCUUCCCUUGUUCUACUUAAGGAACUUAAUUUCCUCAAGACCAUUAAUUCCAAGAAAUCAUGGGUGAAUUUAGAGGUGAAGAUUGCCGGAAGUGGCCAUCGUGGCUCCGUCCACUUCUGCAAACAAGUUUCUUCGGUCAAUGCAAGGUUCAUGCCAGUGGUCACAAGAGCGAAUGCAAUAUGUAUUGCUUGGACUGUAUGAAUGGAGCUCUCUGUUCCCUCUGCCUCAAUGUACACAAAGACCAUCGAGCUAUUCAGAUUAGGAGGUCAUCUUACCAUGAUGUGAUAAGGGUCUCUGAGAUUCAAAAGUAUUUGGACAUAACUGGGGUUCAAACCUACAUUAUCAACAGUGCCAAAAUCGUGUUUCUAAACGAACGGCCACAGCCAAGGCCAGGUAAAGGCGUCACCAACACUUGCCGAGUCUGCGAUCGCAGCCUCCUCGAUUCCUUCAAUUUCUGCUCCCUCGGCUGCAAGAUUGCGGGGACAUCAAAGAAGAAUAUACGCUUGGAUGUGGAUGUGGGUGGUUCAGACUCGGAAGAAUCCAUUAACGGUAUUAAACGUAUGAUGAAGAACAAAAUACAGAAUUUUAGUCCAUCAACGCCCCCUCAGACUUGCACAAGUGGAAAAAGGAGGAAGGGAAUUCCCCACAGAGCUCCAACAGGAGGGAUUAUUAUAGAAUUCUAAACCUAAUAAAUGGAAUGGCUAUCCAAUUCCAGCAUGCUGAGCUUUGUCAAUGGAAGCCGGUGCCGGAAUUUCAAUCUCCACAGGUCAAACCUGCCCUUUGAGAUUUCUAUAUAUUAAUUACUAAUGUGUAUAACAUAGCCACAUAGGUAUGGGAAAUGCAAGAAAGAUGAAAAAUCAAUAAAGUUAGAAAUCAAUGGAUGUAUGUAAAUACUAAAUAGCGUGAGCCAAUAAUCUUAGCGUGGUUUCUACUCAUAAAUUAAAUCAAAGUAUGAGUACGUUUGUCUACUUCUAUUCUAUGAUAGUUUAAGGACCAUUUUGACAUUAAUGAUUAUAAUUUAUAGGUUGCUUUAUUUGCCAUUUA